GUGUGUGUCGUUACAUAGCUCUGUUACGAGACAGUCCCCAUCCAGUCCAAGCCAUCCAACCAAGAAUCGUCAGUCAAUCUCAGUCAGCAAGCGGCAUGGCAGACUCCCUGGGCAGACUGUGCUACGUCCCGGCAAAGACAUCCCCACAGAGAAUCAGGGAGCGUGGCAAGUGGGCAAGCAAAAAGGAGUUCAUCCUGUCAGUGGCCGGUGCCAUCAUUGGACUUGGGAACGUUUGGAGGUUUCCAUAUUUGUGCUACAAGAACGGUGGUGGAGCGUUCCUCGUUCCUUAUGUCCUGUUCCUUGGAAGCUGCGGUAUUCCGCUGUUUGUUCUGGAGACAGCUCUGGGCCAGUACACCAGCCAAGGAGGGAUCAUGUGCUGGAGGAAGAUCUGCCCCUUGUUUGAAGGCAUCGGAUACGCCAGUCAACUGAUCAUUUUCUAUGGAUGUAUCAGCUACAUUGUCAUUCUAGCCUGGGCCUUCCUCUACCUUUUCUCGUCUUUCACCGGAGAUUUGCCGUGGGCAACGUGUGAUAACGCAUGGAACACGGACUCUUGUGUGGUAUUGAGCAACUAUACCGCCAACUGGACGUCCAGUAUGAACAUAUCCUCGUCUGUUGUAGAGUUUUGGCGACGACGGGUGCUAAAUAUAUCCUCUGGCAUCGAGACCUUAGGAAACAUCCAAUGGGAGCUUUCUUUGUGCCUCCUUCUUGCUUGGAUCAUCUGCUACUUUUGUGUCUGGAAGGGAGUACGAUCCACCGGGAAGGCUACAUACUUCACAGCCACUUUCCCCUUUGCCAUGUUACUGGUGUUGUUUGUCAGAGGAAUGACACUUCCUGGAGCCCUGCAUGGCAUCAAGUACUACCUGUACCCCAAUCCUGCACGCCUGGCUGACCCACAGGUAUGGAUGGACGCUGGCACCCAGAUCUUCUACUCCUAUGCCUUAUGUUUGGGAUGUCUGACCACGCUGGGGAGCUACAAUAAGUACAACAACAACUGCUACAGGGACUCCUUUUUUCUUUGCUUACUCAACAGUGGCACCAGCUUCCUUGGUGGGUUUGCCAUUUUUUCCGUUUUGGGAUACAUGUCCCAAAAACAGGGUUUGGACAUCACCUCAGUUGCCGAGUCUGGUCCAGGUCUUGUCUUCAUCGUCUACCCCCAGGCCGUGAGCCUCCUGCCGUGGCCUCAGGUCUGGUCUGUGUGCUUCUUCACCAUGAUCAUCUUGCUGGGCAUCGACGGUCAGUUUGCUGGCCUUGAAAGCAUCAUGACCUCCAUAACAGAUAUCUACCCUUCCCACAUCCAAAAAGGAUACCGCAGAGAGUUUAUUUUAAUGCUCAUCUGUGUUUUUUGCUAUCUGUUUGGCCUCUUGUUGGUGUCACAGGCUGGAUCAUAUAUUCUGCAGAUUUUUGACCACUAUGUCUGCAGUGGUCCCACUCUUCUUUUGAUGGCAAUCUUCCAGUCAGUGGUCAUUGGAUGGAUUUAUGGUGCUGAACGCUUCAGUGACAACAUCAAGGACAUGAUCGGCUACAAACCUCUGCCCCUGAUCAAGUACUGCUGGCUCUACGUCACCCCUGUCAUAUGCGGCGGAACGCUUGUGUUCCUGCUGCUGAAAUACACGCCUCUCAAGUUCAACAACUCCUACGUCUACCCUUGGUGGGCGUAUUGGAUUGGUUGGUUUCUGGCGUUAUCCUCGCUCUUUUUGAUUCCUGUCACCAUGAUAUACAAACUAGCCAAAGGAAAGGGCACUAUCUGGCAGCGUAUCAAGACAACCUCCCAAUGUGCGGACGACCUUCCCAUGAUGGUGAAGGAGAUGGCGAGCCUUCGCGUCGCACUGCACGUUCACGACGACGGCAAAAACAGUAGUAUUCGAUAAAGUGACAGUCACGAAGCAUACCAUACGUACAUUCAGUAGGUGAUACUAGCAUUAUGUUAAGGAUUAUAGUGCUACCUGUUAGCCAUUCUAUGCAGUCGACCCACCAGGCAGAAAGUGUUGGGAGAUGAUGAUGAUGAUGAUGAUGAUGAUGUAGUAGUAAUAUGUCACAAUCACUUUUUUGACCAUCUGCUUUCUUCCUAACGCACAUACGUAUCUCAUUCAUUUCACUCCUUUAUCACGGUUUUUACCCCGAAAUUGCCCCACCCAUCUCAGAUUAUGCUAUUUCCUCACAUAGUGGCUACAAGUGUUUAUUUACUCAACUGCAGAGAGUACCUGGCAUCUCUUAGAGGUAGUUUUUAUUUGUACAAAUGCAUUUUUUAUAAUAAUGUACCAUUAUAUUUCCUUUAUAUUAUCCUUUGCCAUAAAUAAUGAUACUUGGUUAUAAUGAUACUUUUAAUAAUAAACAAAAUAUAGUACAGUAUAUACCGUAUUGACCCGGCUAGAAGAUGACAAUUUUGUCAUAUCAGUGAUAUAAUUGCUGGUAGAUUGUGGUAAAAAAAGUUUCACUGAUCACAAUUAUGUAAAUUUAGCAAUAUAGCUCCUCCUCUGUUGUUUUGCUAACAACCUUUGAGACACUUUGAUGCGGCUACAUCUCUCCAGGUUACUGGUAUACGAGUGACGGGAAGAAAAGCUCUGACCCAAUUGAUGAGAAGUCAUUUGCAUGUAGAAAUCUCUAGACCCCUGAAUAUAAUAAUAUAUUCGCCAUAUCGCCGUUUGAUUAUCGCUCCCUCACAACAUCGUGUUUUUUUUUCAGGAAUUAAUUCAUGAAUAAAUGGUCGCUGUUGCGUGGUAGGCUAUGACCUAUUAUUAGUCAAAACAUAUUAAUAUACAAGUGACAUGUAGUAUUCUGGUCCCUAGGGGGCAGUAAUGACACAAAACAUUGUUGAGAUAUUAGCUUACAUUACAUUACCUUAACACAGCAGGGAGUGAAGUCAGCCAUGGCGUGUCUGCAAUGAUGUGAAAAUAGGUUCUCCUCUGAAGUUUUGGCUUCUUAUGUUUAUUGCGCAGACUUCGCAGCUAGGAGACCCGAGUUUUCUCCAGGUACUCCGGUUUCCGGUUUUCAAAACCAUGCUAGGUUAAUUAGCGACUCCAAAUUGUCCCUAGGUAUGAAUGUGAGUGUGAAUGGUUGUUUGUCUAUAUGUGCCCUGUGAUUGGCUGGUGACCAGUCCAGGGUGUACCCCGCCUCUCGCCCCAAGACAGCUGGGAUAGGCUCCAGCACCCCCGCAACCCUCGUGAGGAUAAGCGGUAGAAAAUGAAUGAAUGAAUGUUUAGAUGACAUAAAUUUGAGGCUAACUGGUGAGCUAGCGAUCGUCUCUAGUUGAAUAAUGAAAAAUAACAGCGCAAAGGUGACUAUAGGGAUGUUAUAUCAUGUCUACAUGGCUCUAAUAAUGUUACAACCUGUAUUUAGAAAGUCAUAAACAGGUUUUUUUUAUACCCUAACUACAAAAGAGGUAACACUUUACAAUAAAGUACACAAAAAUAUAGUACUUAAUGAGGAAUGAACCUACUUAACACUAACCACUACUCAUUAGUUCUACUGUAAAUUGAUGUGCAUCUUCACUAACUACUUUAUUUUUGUUUACCUUAUAUUAAAGUGAAACCUAAAAAUAUUCAAUUUAUUAGAAAUGAAUCCUUCAUGGAAAUUCAUUUAUCGCGAUCGGGUUUGGACUUAAUUGGCCGCUAUAAACGAGGCACGACUGUGUAUUACUGUCUUGUAUUCGGGUCAAUAUGGUAUUAAUUAGGGAUGGGCGUGAUAAAUGAUUGACAAUUAACAUGAUUUUAAGUAAUGGUUCUAAUUCUUAUUCUCGUUGGUGGUACUUCAUGUUUCAAUGCUUCCAAUUUCAGCUUUACAGAUGCCAUGUCUGCCCUUGAUUUGGUGUGCUAACACCUAACGUCAUUGAAAAGGUGGUUAUGUCAUUUUGGGAGGGGCGGUCUGUUCCUUCAUUAAAAAGUGAACCAUGCAAUCCGUGAUUAAGUGGGGUUUGGCGUCUAUUGGAGUGGAGGCCACUAUUUGAGGAAAUACAAUCUCUGCAGGCCUGAGCGUGCUGUGGGGGGGGGUUCAUACUGUCUAUAAGGAAAGUCAGUUUAUUUUUGUAGUGUGUAUUUUCCACAUAGAGCCAACAUUUUCUGUCUAUACAGAGCAGCUCUGUGCCCGGGUGUUUGCUGGCGCUAUGGGGGGGCGGGAGUUGGGGGUGGCAUAUAGCAACACUUGGCUCAGUUCCCUGCACUGUCGAGUCAGUUAAGUCGGCCUCUUGCUUUGGACAUUUCCACUCGAUUUCCAUUUGGCACCUUCCUCUCAUUCUGCGUGAACUUUUUCAGGAUGCGAGCCAAUCAGCAAGCGUCACUCAAACACAGAACAAACACUUCAAACAAACAUUUUCUAAUUAAGUGAGCAUUGGUUCAAUUUCAGCUGAAAGGGAAAAGUUCUCCCUUUUUUUUUUGACUUCUCAGGGAAAUGUGGGGAGGUUUGUUGUGAUUUGUAUCAUCAUUUCGUUUCCCGUGGGACCUCAUUUAUCGCGGUCGGGUCCGGAACCAGUUAACCGUGAUAAACGAGGGACCGCUGUAGAGACUGCUGCACGAGACUGGAAUAGAUUACAAGUGAUAAAGAGGUCACUAUUGGUGCAAUAAUUGAUCAUUUCAAUUACAAACAGCAAAAUUUCACCUGAUGGAGUAAAGAGGACUGUGAGAAAGGUGAAGGGUGGUUAGUGAUGUCAAGGGAGUUAAGAGCAGUCACCAUGAAAAGCACCACUAGGACCGCUUUUUUGUAAUGGAUUAAGGUUGGUCGACUUAAAAAAAAAAUCAGCAGGUGAUAAAAUACUUAUUUUCCCACAAUAAAUGCAGUCAAGGGCUUUGGAAGCUGUCGCUAGGGAAAAGAAUCCAGGCAGAGCUUGAGGCAGAGUGCUCAGUCGUUCCUGUUGAGAAAGUGACUUCAUGUUUCGUUUCACAAUCAUGCAGGUCAUGAAAGUGCGCCCAAGUGUGAGUCAGAAUGGUUUUUAUUCUAUACGAGUGUUUUCAUACGGCUUUACAACUCAGAUGGCACAAGGAAACGUGGUGAAGACGACGGUCGUAAAGCGAUGUGUCGCCAGAAGCAGAAGGCUGGUCAACCCUCGGGAAGUGUAGCCUUGUACACAGGAAGCGUGAGGCGUGAACACGUUUGACUUAUUUUUAAAGAAGGAUCGCAGUAAAGCUGCUCGACCUCCACGCCCAAGGUUGUUUGUGUGGCGGUCGUCGCAGACAUAACAUUCCAAACGCAAAUAUGCAAGUCGUUUGCCUCCGAUUAAAAGGUCUUAAAAUGGAGUGAUGACAAUAAAUAUCACCACGAUUAAAAAAAAAAAUCAAAAACGGAGACACUGUGGGACUAAUGUUACAAUAUAUAUUUAGUAUAUAUAGUAUGUGAUGCAUUACAUACAUUUCAAGCUAAAUGAGUAAGUGUACCUCACCUGAGUCUGCCUUAAGCCUGCUACUGGCUAUUUUUUUUUCAAUUAAAUACUAUAUCUAUCUUCCUUUUGGUAAAUGUUUCUUUGCAUUUUGUAUUGUUGAUUUGUUAUUAUACACUGUUAUGACUUUAAAUGUUUUUAAUAAAAUAUAU